GUGUGAUGUCCUCCAUCUCAGAUUGCAGUAGUUAUUGCUUCCACUAUCGUGAGCCGUUCGGCUGAAGAGUUUGUGGACCAGUUAGACCAGCGUGCCGUCGAUUGUACGUUCUGGUGCGCCCUCAUGGCGGGGUCGAUGCAAGCUUCGCUGGACGGCGCGGAAGCAGCGUCUCAGAAACCACCGUUCAUGGUGGCUUUUGUAUGCCUCGGAGUGCAGUUUCUGUACUUGUGCAGCUAUUCGGUUGUGCUCCCAAUAAGUAGCAGACUCACGAAGCAUAUCUUUCACGAGGACGACGAGGCAUCAGCAGAGGCUUCGGGACUCAUGGUCAAGUUCUUAUCAGGAUUGCUGAUUGGGGUGCAGCACGUUGCGUUCGGAGUUGCCAUCUACCUGGCCAGAUACAAGUUCUUGCACAGGGAACGUUGCAUCAUCACCGUCAGUAUGAUGGUUUCAAUUGUGGGAAGUAUCAUGUUUGCAGUUGGAGCGACCCUGGAUGCAGACAAAGAGUUCGCGUUUGCCGUGAUCUUGGUUGCUCGCAUGGUUCAAGGAGCAGGUGCGGCAGACGAUUCACAAUCUGAGCACGCAGCUGUCCGAGUCGGGGUGUCUCCUGGGCCUCGUCGGGUUGGAGCAUAGCGUGCGCUGUGGGCACUGGCUUCGGCCCCAUUCUGGUGGCCACAACGGCAUUUCUUCCCGGUGCCGACAGCUGGGAUGUGGGCAGACAGAGUGCUAUUCCGAUGCUUCUCCUGUGCCUCCUCGAAUUUGCGCUGUUUGUCCUGCACGUGAUGCAGUUCCCUGAAGCUGUCACCAGCGCCAAGAAGACCGCGGCGUCCGCUAGAGAGGUGGUCCCGAUGUCGCGGGCAGACCGGACGUGGAAAGUUGCUACGACCGUCUUCCUCGGCUUCGUCCGUCACUUGGUGCGCUCCGCGUGGGAGGCCAUCGUGUCUCUCGCUCUGGAGGAC